AUGCCCACAAACUCCUGGUCGCCGGCAGCAAUGAGCACGGGCACACCCUUGCCAAGGCAGAACCCCCCCUUGAUCUACAACCCCUCCACGAAACCCAGCGGGGCGCACCUCCACCUCCGCGGCCUGCUCCUCCCCCGGCCGGGAGAUGAGGGGCAGCGGCGCACCCAGGACCUCUCGCGCGGCAUGCACGUCGUGGCGCAGCAGGCGCAGCGCAAACAGCGCGCGGUCUCGGACCUCCACGUCGGCGUCGGCGGCGCCGGCGGCCAGUAG